AUGUCUACAAUACGCGAUCCCUACAAGACCACCACACAUUUGCCGGCUGGCAAAUGUGUUGGUCGUGGUGGCCCGUAUGUGAACCAUUUGGGCCGGGGUGGUGUUUUGAGACCAAUGUCGCGAACAACGUCGCGAACCAUGUCGCGAAUGAUCUCGCAAAUAAUAACGGAUAAUAGAUGA